AUGCAGUACCAGGCACUGGAGGUGCUGUGUGAGGGGCAGAGCCGGCCACCUGGAGCCCAGGUUUGCUCAGAGCCAGUGAGGAAGGGAAUCGAGAGCACCGCUGCGCCCUCCUCUCGGAGCAGCAUCCACAGGCCUAGUGUGGACGUCAUGUCACGUCCCCCAUCAUGUGCCUCAUGGACCCCGCAGAGACAGAGGAGCCUGGCCUCUGAGGUGCAGACAGACGGCCAUGUGUGGCACUCUGUGGAUGCCCGGGAGAGGGGACUCCCUCAGAUGGUCUCUGCUGGUCCUAUGUCUGCCCACAACACAUCGUGGGUGCGGUACCCCAGCCUUGUGUCCCCCGAUGUGGAAGCGGUCAUUGCUGCUCAAAGCAUCAUCUCGAGGCUCACGCAGGCCUACCUGGGGCUGCUCCUGCCCCUGGGCGCGGCGGCAGGGACAUUCAGCAUGACCACCUUGCUCCGAGGGCGUGCCCAGCUUGGAAGCCUGGGGGCACUCCUCCUGGACCUCAUCAUCACAAACAUGCUGGUGGCCCUGCUGUCCUUAACGGCCAUCCCCAGGCCUGACUACCUGUCCACUACCAACCUGCUCUGCGGGACCCUCGCCUUCUGUGCCAACUUCUGCUACUUCAAUGCCCAGUAUCUGCAGGGGGCCCUGGCCUUGGCCUUCUUGCUGCCUGGCUCCUUGCCCUGGCUGCCCAAAGUGACCAAGGGGCCUCUGAGGAUGGCUCUGGCCCUGAUGGCUAUCCUGGGCUGUGCUCUCUGCAGCUCGCUGGGGACUGUGGCCCUGCUGGGCACCUCUGGAGAGCUGCACAAAUCCACCCACUGCCAGCUGGAUCCACUGACCACCUGGCCUGAAUAUGAGGUGCUGAAGUUCAGCCUGGGCUUUGCGCUGACCCUCCUUCUGGAGCUGACGUUUUGCGUUCUGAUCUGCACCACACGGGCCUGGCAGGGCACCGAGACCUGGCGAGGCAUGGCCUCAGCCUCACCCGCUGUGCUGGCCAUCGCACUGACGGGCUUUGCCUGCCGGGUCUUCUACAAUGCCAUGCUGCUCCACAGGGCCAGCCUGAAGCUGUCGGGGACCCUGGGUUCACCCCAGGAUGAGCUGCUCAUGGAUGCUGCUGAGCUAGUCCUGUUCGGGGAGAGCUGCGUGACUUCACUGGAGACUCUGCUCCUCCACCAGCCCUGCAGGCACGCCCUGCUGAGGGUCAUGCAGAACCUGGCCCAGAGCUGCCGUAGCCGAGCGGCCCCCCAGAGCAGUUCUGAGGGCUUGGAAGUGACCAUACUGAACGCCAUAAAGCUCAUCUAUGACCACCCUAUCCAGUGUGACCUGGAGCCAGUGCUCGGCUGGGUGGCUAAGGCACUGUGGACGGAGCGCCUGCAGGCCAGCACGGGCGAGUCCCCAGGGCCACCUGAGGCCAGGACCAUGAGCCCCUGCUAUCUGGGGCCAGCAAGGAGCGGCAAUGGGGACAGGCCAGGCGUGUCCAGCGGGGGCUGUGGCAUGGAGGGCUUGGGCUCCACGCAGGCUGCCCCGAACAGCACGCUGGCAGCCCUGGCCAACCAAUCGCGUGACCUGCAGGAGCACCAGCACUAUGUCAUCGGCCUCUUCCUGUCCUGCCUCUACACCGUCUUCCUCUUCCCCAUUGGCUUCGUGGGCAACAUCCUCAUCCUGGUGGUCAACCUCAGCUUCCGCGAGAAGAUGACCAUCCCCGACCUGUACUUCAUCAACCUGGCGGCCGCCGACCUCAUCCUGGUGGCCGACUCGCUCAUCGAGGUGUUCAACCUGGACGAGCAGUACUACGACAUUGCGGUGCUCUGCACCUUCAUGUCGCUCUUCCUGCAGAUCAACAUGUACAGCAGCAUCUUCUUCCUCACAUGGAUGAGCUUCGACCGCUACGUGGCCCUGGCGCAGGCUAUGCGCGCCAGCCUCUUCCGCACCAAGCAGCACGCGCGGCUGAGCUGUGGCCUCAUCUGGCUGGCCUCGGCCUCGGCCACGCUCGUGCCCUUCACGGCAGUGCACCUGCAGCACUCGCAGGACGCCUGCUUCUGCUUUGCCGACGUGCGCGAGGUGCAGUGGCUGGAGGUGACCCUGGGCUUCCUCGUGCCCCUGGCCGUCAUCGGCCUGUGCUACUCGCUAAUUGCGCGCGUGCUGCUGGGCGCACAGCGGCCCCGUGGGCGGCCCCGGCGGCAGAAGGCGCUGCGCAUGAUCUUCGCGGUUGUACUGGUCUUCUUCAUCUGCUGGCUGCCCGAGAACGUCUUCAUCUGUGUGCACCUGCUGCAGCGCGCACAGCCGGGAGAGUCCUACUGCAAGCGGUCCUUCCGCCACGCCUACCCGCUCACUGGCCACAUCGUCAACUUGGCUGCCUUCUCCAACAGCUGCCUCAACCCACUCAUCUACAGCUUCCUUGGGGAGACCUUCCGCGACAAGCUGCGGCUCUAUGUGGAGCAGAAAAGCAGCAUGCUGGCCCUGGGCCGCUUCUGCCACGCUGCCCUCAAGUCGGUGGUUCCAGACAGCGCAGAGCCAUCAGACGUCAAGUUCAGCAGUGCGGUGUGA